UCUGCCGGUUGGCAGCAUUGAUGUCAAAGCAUUUAGGUCGUUUCACCUAAUUCCAAGUUUAGUAGUUUGUGUUUUUAAUACUACGUUUGAGUAGUACGAAAUAAGUUUUACUUAUAUGCGUAGCAGUGAGCCCGUUGCUACGAAAAUAAUAACGAUAUGCUUGAAAGUGUUGCCCAGCGCUAGGUACAUAUUACAUCUGCUUACAGGUUAAAGGUGGCAUUUAGAGGUACUUCAUGAUGGCAGCUGAUCAGUUUUGCUUGCGAUGGAACAACUUUCAGCUAAACAUUGCUUCUGCUUUGGAUAGUUUAAAAACAGAUGAAGAUUUAGUGGAUGUAACUUUAAGUUGUGAAGGUCAAAAUGUGAAAGCCCACAAAGUCGUGCUCUCAGCUUGCAGCCCAUACUUUCGAGCUGUUUUUAAGGAGAAUCCUUGUCAGCACCCAAUAGUAAUUCUGAAGGAUGUAAGUUAUGAGGAUGUAAGUGCACUACUGGGCUUCAUGUAUCAGGGUGAGGUGUACAUCACCCAGGACAGACUCGCAUCAUUUUUACAUACGGCUGAGCUAUUGCAAGUUCGUGGACUGACUGGGGCAUCAAACCCAUUUAAAGAUUCGACAAAACAAUGCAAAACAAAGAAACCAGUGCUCACGCCUGCUGGACAGAUGCGACACGAUACUCCUCCACUGUCUUCCCCACCAGCUGUGUCACUUCCAUUACAGCCUACCAGUAAAACGACUGCCCUUCACCCCAUCUCAAAAAGUCCACUGAUGACCAUUAAAGAGCCACAUUCAUCAUCACUCUCACUCAUUCAGACUAAACCAACUGGUAUGAAUUCAUCCACAACUUUACAUCAGCACCCUUCAACAGUCACGCAAUCCUCAUCUUACCAGCAUUCCACGCCCACUCAGUAUCGUAAUCCAGCACCGUUGGAACACUCUCCAUCGUAUCAACAGACUUCGAGCAGUCAGCAGUCACAGCAGUCAGCCUUCUCCCAACACCAAACAGCAGCAAGUGACAGCCAGCAAGAAACAGAGCAGCCUAAUCGUCAGUCAUCAUCUCCUCAGCCACCAUCUGCCAAAAGACGUAAAGCAUUUCCACGUCGUGUCAGUGUUAGUGGCCAUUUGCCAGCUGAGGAUUCAGUCGAAUCUCUGGAUGCAGAAAAGGUGAAAGCAAAGCCAAGUGAAGAACAAAUUGGUUGUGAAGUUGUUAGUUUGGGUGCUGCACCUGUCAAACAGGAGCCGGAGGAUGAAUCAGUAUUUGACAUAGAUGCAACAAUGGAGGAGGAGAGCAAUCCCAUUUCAUUCAGCAAUACUGAUGAAGAUGUUGUGCAGAUGGAGAGUCCCAGCUCAGAUGUGGGUAGGCGGCUGGAUUACUUUGGAAAUGUGGAGACCAUUGUUUCUGAGGAACCAGGGCCUGUUGGUCAAGAUGUCAUCAAAGAAGAGGUGAUGGUUGAACGAGGGCCAUCUCUUGCACCCCAUAGCAUGUUGCUCAGAUCACUCUCUGGAACAAAGCACUCUGCAGUUACAGGAGAUUCAUCGCCGUCAAGAAUUGGUGAGGGAGCUGCUUCAACACGGGCCAUGGAUGAAGCUGAUGAUCGUUUGAUGAGCCGACCAUGUCCCUUGUGCGCCAAAAUAAUAUCGAACAAAUCGAAUCUUCAGAAACAUAUGAAGAUAGUACAUAGCAACCUAUGUAAGCAACAGAGGUGCCUCUUAUGUGAGAGAGUUUUCAAAAACAAAUACAGCCUGAAGGCUCAUAUGUACACUUACCACAGAGAAACUGUGACAAAAUAAAUACAUAGGACACAGGUGAUAUGAGUUUGUGAUAUACUUUUAUGCCAUUUCUUUGCCUUUAGUCAGUUAACCAAGAAUUGCUUCUGAACAUGAAUAUCUAUAGUAUUGUAUUCUGUUGUAAGUGAAACAAACUUGACAGAUCUGUGCAAAAUGAUAAACUGCGUAAGAUAACAAACUAUAUUAGACCUAAGAGAUCCCAGAUUUUUUCAAUUUAUCAUAAACAGAACAGUACAGAUUUUCUAUCUGUGAUGUUUCGUUUUUAAAACUGUAACUUACACUUUAAACAGUAAUGUUUAAUAAAUACGGUUGCUUUGAUAUAUUUUAUCAUUAUUGAAUCAUACAACAGCUGGAGAUCCUAUCAUAAUACUGUUUCAUUAUGUAUGACCUUAGUGUUGUUAUUGUGAAUUUAAUUUCAUACAUUAGAUAAAAAGAGAAUCACAAGCUAUCAACUGUGGCAGGCAGGUGUAUCCAUAGACAAACGUAAAAUACGUAUUUGAAUCUCACUGAGAACUUGCCAAGCAGGACAAGGGAGUAAAAUGCGAGAGUAAUGAGGAAAAUGUUCUUUCACACUGGUAGCUGGAACUUGAAUGCUUGGUAUUCUUUAUGUGUUUUAAGUGCCUCACAAAGUAUACAGUGGCAGUCAUUGUGUUUUUUUCUAUCUUAGUUUCUAAGAAUGCUCUCAGAACUGCAUAUAUUACGUAGUGAUGGGUGGGAGGAUGUUUAUUUAUAAUGAAGGAAGAGGAAUGUUGAGGAAAGGGUCCCAGGUUAUUGUAAAGGUCUGUAUUAGCAUUUCCCUGGAGAGACUAACUGAGGUAAACUUUGUUUGGAAUAGCCAACCUUCAGGUUAGGAAUCAAACCUCCUUGUGAUAUUCAAUAGAUAUUGUGAUAACAGUAUCAGGUUAAUUAUUUAUUGAAAUAACUUUUCAGGAAAUACCCUAUUAAGUUAAGAGGUUCAGAGUUUGUAAUGUUGUUUUAGAAAAUUACAGGAAUGUGGGUAAGGAACUUGUGUUAUAAUUCAUUUCAGGUUUUGGUCUGUGUAAACGAAUAAGGUAAUAUGUCUCUGUAUUACACUGACAGUUAUGUGUAAAGUUUAUUUAUUUAUGAUUCAUUGAAUGACAUUGUCAAUGUGUUUGACUGUAUAUGUGUUGAAUGAUAUGAUGGUUUUGAUGAUACUGAUGUGCCCAGUGAAUGUAUGUUCCCUGUUUUCAUUUGUUAUGAUUCAAUAAUUUUAUCAUCAAGACUUGUCUUACUCUUUCCAUGGUCUCUCUUGAUUCCUUAAUUGCAUCUGAAUAAGCUUUUAAUGGCUUCAGAUUUCAAAUGACAUAGUUGUCAUUAAUUUUUUAAUAACUUAGGUAGGCCUACUUUAUUCCAUUUGAAGUGUAUCUUAUUUAACCAAUUAAUUUAUAAACUAUUAAUUCAGCAGAAAAUAAGUACUCAUAGAUGUUAAUUCAUUAAUAAUUUUUUAAGUCAUUACUGAUAUUGUAACCUUAAUAGAUGAUCAUCUGACAUCAGUGUAAAUUUGGUAGGGGUUGACAGAGAUGAAUUCACUGAUUAGCAAAGAUGGCAGUAUUUUCUUUUAACCACCUCAAUAAUAUGCCAUCGUAUGGUUCCAAUAUCAAACCUCUACUCCAUUAAUUAAACUGAUAGAGGACGAGUGGCUAAAAUCAAAAUGUUUGGCAGAAGGGAGACCAAAUUAUAAAGUGAAAUAGAAAGAAGGUAGAAUAUGAAUAUAGAUCUUGCAGAUGAUGUGAUAAUGUGGUUAGAAUUAUAUUGAACUGGAUUAAAAUCUGUUGCCAGAAUUUUUUGCAGUGAGUAAGCUUCAGGUUGAAAUUGAGUUUUAAAAAUGGCUGCAAGAAACUGAAAGGUCCAUUCCUCUUAAUACAUUUAUAAUUACUGCCUUGUUGCCUGUUCCUUUCAUACCUGCAAUGUUGCUGUUUAUGUUAGAAUUAUAAGGAACUUCAGCUACUGGAUUGACAUCAAUGUGCCAUCUUUAUUUGAGGUAAGUAUUGAGUUUUGAAUGUACUGUAUAGCUUUUAAGGCUUCUUUCAAGUCUCUUAAUUAUAAUUGUGAAGUAAAGCAUGU